AUGAUUCAAAGUCAAACAACCCAUCACUCCCUCUUGACAACUCAAUGGAUGGACCAUCCACAGUCUAAUAUUUCAAAUGUUUCAAAGACAGUCGCUUUCUAUUCAACCCAUGAUUUACCCGCAAUCGCAAAUUCAUCAAAUGAUAACCGAUUCCUAAUACAUUCUAGUCCAGAACCUCUCAUGCUGAAUCAUACGUUAAUGCGAGCUGGAGGGACCACAACGGGAUCUCAAAAGCUUAGUCCAGGCUUAACGUUGUCGAUGAAACGUUGUGACUCUGGAUAUGCAACCGCCACAAAUUUGUCUCUCUCUCGGGCCGUAACUAAAACUUCGGCUAGAUCCACCAGAUCCACACGAGAUCAUCGGCCUAAGUCAUCGCGGACUAGUAUUCAGUCCCCUCGAAACUUGCCCACACGUACACAUCGUGCUCGUUCUCAUUCUCACCUGCAGUGCCACAAUCCACGUCUCUACAACUCUCCACCAAAUAUUUCUAUCCGUCACACCAUGCCCUCUCACACGCAACAACAAAAUCAGUUCUUUUAUUUUCCAUCAUUUGCACCGAUAGAAAUAACCCCAGACCGCCUAGGCUGCUCCACUCCUCCGCCUCCACCACCGCCCCCUUCAACUACUCACUAUUGGACUUCCAAUAGCUCUCGUCGCCUCGAAUACGCCGCGAUAGAUGCAGCAUCUUCUGGCGUGCGUGGAUUUUUAGUACGGCUCGUUCCUGAUUGCAUACUCCCUGCAAAAGCUCAAAGGACCAAGUUCUGGAGGAGAGAAAAUGAAUGCAAGAGAGAGGGUAGCGUAAGGAGAUAUCGAUUAGCUCUCCCAGACGAAGGCGACGACAAUGAUGGCGUGAGAAAUGUGGGCUUCUUGAAUGAAAGGAAAUGUGAUAAGAAAAGGCCUAGUCUUAUAAGAAAAUGGAGCAAUGGACUAAAAUUCGGUAGGAGGUGA